UUUUUUGAUAUUGAAGAAUAACUAAAAGAACGAUCUGAUAAAAAUGGAUGUUAUAGGAAACAUAAGUAACAUAUGUAAUCAAGAAAGUAAUGUAAAUUACAAACAGCUUUUGACCGAUUAGUAUUUGAUUUGAUACGUGUUUUGAAAAAACUUAAAUUGAUAAAUUAUUAAUUCUAAAUCAUAUAACAAUUUAGUGGACUAAGAAGAUCGUAAACCUGUCUGCAGCAUUCUUGAAAAAUGUCAACAAAUUACAAUUCUUAUAAAAUGGAAAAUUCUGUUUCUCAUGGAAAUCGAGAAAUAAAUGUCAAAAAACGUCUUGAUCAUGUUGUUGAGUCAAAUAAUUUCCAAAUUAUGUCCUCAUCGCAUUCCAACAAUUCAGAUGAUGGUGGUGAUGAUGAUAUUGGUGUUGAUGAUGAUGAUGGUGGUGUUGAUGAUGAUGAGAAUGGUCAUGCCGCUUCUAGUUCCUUUGUUAAUAAUGAACUCUAUGAAUUACGAGGGCAGGAUUGGUCACAAUUUUUCAAUUUAAUUAAAGAUGAAAAGAAAGCUAUGGAUAAACUCCAUGAAAAUGCUGCAAAUUACAUGCAAAAGUCCUCAUUGUUAUCAAAUCAAGUACAUCGAUUAGAUAGCAAUGAUAUGCAUAAUUAUGGCUUAAAUCCAAAGAAUACAGCAAUGGAUAUGGUGGUGUGUAAUCAUUGUUCUGGAGUUUAUAAACCAAGUGGCUUUAAAAAUCAUAUAAGAUUACGUCAUCCAAAGAUAUGGGAUAUGGAAUCUAAUGAAGCUAUAAAAGCUUGUAUAGAAAGUUCAAAACAAUUUGAUGGAACUGAUAUACCAUCUCCAGACACUACAUCAACUUGGACGAUGGAUAUAGAUGAAUAUUUAGAUUUUUUAUCUCCAACGAAACAUGAAAUUACGCUACCAGAGGAAGUUGCGCACAACAAAUUUUUAGCGAGUUCCAGUAAAACAUUAAUAAGAGAUGAAGUUUUCCGUAAGAAAUAUAAAACCAGAGAAGAACCAUAUGGUAGUAUAUUUCCUGGUGUAAGUUCAUCCAUUGUUACUUCAACAUAUUUAAACUCGAAAAAUAAUGAAGUUUUAAAUAGUUCUGAUAAUACACUUUUAUCUGCAGUGGAACAAUCUACUCCUCAAGAUACUACAAAUUACUUCAUAAAUUUAACAAAUAUAUCGAAGAAACCAAAUGAUUUAGGAAAUAAUUAUGGUUUCUCUACCAAAGGCAACAAUACGGAUUCUAGUUUUAGAAAUCUUGAACCAACAAACGAUAUAUCCGUUAACAUAAAUAACACUCGUCCUGUUUCACUAAUAAAGUCAGUUACAAUGAAUAAAAAUAGUGAUAAUAUUUUAGAUAACCUUUCAUCAAAAAUGGCAGAAAUUAUUUCGGAUGAGGUUUCACUAGAAAUGCCAGUAUAUAGUUUGGAUAUGAAUUCGUCAACUAAUUUGUCAUAUGAUGUUUUAGAUAUUAAUUUGCCAACUGAAAUCCCAUAUGAUAAUAUAGAUCUAAAUUCGUCAACUGAUAGGUCAGAAAAUAUUUUAGAUAUUAAUUACUCAACAGAAAUAUCAGACGAUAUUUUGGAAACGAAUUACUCACUAAACACGGUUAAUGAUUUUUUGGAUAUGAAUUUGCCACCGAAAAUUCCAGUUUACAGUUUCGAUAUGAAUGAAUUUGCAGCUAUCUCAAAUGAUAAUUUGGACCUGAAUUUAUUAGAUGAAAUGUCAUAUGGUAUUAUAGAUAUAAAUUCGUCACAGGAAAUGGAUAUGAAUUGCUCAACAGAAGAACCAGACAAUAUUUUAGUAAUUAAUUGCUCACUAAAAAAGCCGAACGAUUUUUUGGAUAUAAAACUCUCACCAAAAACUGCAGAAGAUAUACUAGAUAAUGAUUCGUCACCUGAACAAUCAGAUGAUGGUUUAGAUAUAAAUUGGUUACCAGAUUUGCCUGAAGAACUUAUGGAUAUCGAUCUGUCUGGUAUUGAAACCACAAAAAACAUGAAAGACUCAAAUCCUCAUGUUCAAACCAAUAACCCUGAAAAUAAAUAUAUUAUGCCAGAAGAUUCUGUAAUUUGUCAGUUAAAUACAUUUCAAACUAAUACACCCAAAAUGUGGAAUCAUUUAAAUAUAAAUACCUUAUUACAUAAUCCAAGUUUAUUUGUUAAUCUAACAAGAAAUGAUUCAAAGGCAACCUGUUCAGGCAUUUCCAGUAAUUGUGACUCCCAUAGCAGUUAUGAAGAAUCGAGUACCUACUCUGAAAAUAAUACUUUAAGUAUUAAUCCAACAUCUUCAGAUUUUUGGUCUAAAUUAACUUCAUCAUAUCCAACAUUUUCCGACACAAAUGAGAAUGACUCAAAUCAUAUGGACACAUUAUUAAAUGCAGUUAAAUCAUCACCUAAUCCACAAUCAAACUCAUACCUUCGUAAAGAUUGUAAACCCGUACGAAAUAGACGUGCAGCUCUCAUACCAAAACUAUCAAAACAGACACGAAGCCCAGAUACACAUAAACGUAUAAAUGAUUAUAUAAAAGGAAAACAGAUUCAAAGAAAAAAUAUUUAAAAAAAGAAGAACCAACCAAGUUAACCAAAAAACAGUCAAAAGAGUUUGGAAAAACUGAAGAAAACCUGGAGUUGACGAGACACUAACACUAACCUAAUGAAGAAACAACUUAAAAUACCAAUAUGUCAUCACUUUUAUCUAAGAGUUCUUGAAAGAUUUUGUGGGUUGGAGUAUUCUAACUGCUUUAUAAUAUCACUCUAACGUCUAUCUGGAUUUAAUACAAUUAACGGCAGAAUGGAUAAAAGUGAAGUACGUACAACAUACUACAAUGACUAGGUCUUUUGAAGUCAACAAUAUAUACAUAUGUAUAUACCACAUAUAUACCAAUUGAACUAAUAAAAAAUAUAUAUUUAUGUCUUAUGCCAUUUAACGGAUAUCAGGAUAGAGCAAUCCCACCGUGUUU